CUUUUGAUAUUUUCAGUUCUUCGGUUCUGAUGAGAGGAUAAAGGCUGUAAGAAAAAUGACCAUGGAUGUCACUACGGAUCAAAGAAAAGUAGCGUUGCGCCUCUUACUGCCUUACCAAAGAUCCGAUUUCAAGGGCAUUUUCCGAGCAAUGGAUCAAAGAAAAGUAGCGCUGUGAGAUCUUAGAGAGAGACUACAAAGAUAUAAUGGAUAUCGAAUUCACAGUUCAAGAAAACAGACUUUGAAUGUUACAAUGCCGGACAGGGAAACGUACCGGUAAAGAUAUAGUGAGAAUUGUAGUAAAAAUGGUGAACAGAGGGUUAAUUGAUACUUAAACGGCAGUUAAGUGGGUCGACAUUCAACAUCUAGAUCAACUUCUUCAUCCACAGGUUCGUUCUUACGAUAGUUGACUAUGUGAUUAGAGAAGGUGAAUGGAUUUCACUUAAUGAAUCAACUGGCAGGUAAAGACGAAAUCGGUAAACAGCAAUUGGCACGAUAAGCACUGAUUUAGAAACAUUCAUUUCAUGGGCUAAUAGAAGAAGCUGAAGAUUCUUGUGAAGUUAACAGUCUAAAGAAGGUAGCAGAUGAAAACUCAGUUUCGUCUCAAGAUAUGGAUCUAGAACACAAUUUGCACAUCUCAGUGAUGAAAAUCAAUGAAGUGUCUGAUGUGAAACUAGAAUCGGAUGGCAUCUCAAGCCAAUCUGAAGAACUUAACAAUCUAAAGGAGGAUCUAGAUGUUAAUUUGAAAACUGAUGAAGUAUUUGAUCUGAAACCAAAAUCGGAUGACAUCCCAAGACCAUGUGAGGGUGAGAAUUUAGUGCAGAAAGUCGAUUCUGGAGACGAUUUAAUGAGUGCAAUGAAGGAACACAAUUUUGUUGUGGUUCAAGAAGAACAUUCUAAAUACCUUCUUGAAUCAGUUUCUACAGGGGAUGAUGCUGAUAUGUUAGCUACAGCCUUUAAGUACAUGACUGAGGAAGUUGAAAUGUCUGAUGAGGUUGAAAUGUCUGAGGAAGUUGAAGAUAAAUAGCCGAUUUGUUGAUCUCAGUGUGAAUUUGCUGCUCGAGGUUUAUUUAAAAACUGAUUUUUAAAACCGGUUCGGUUUUUAAAUGUCUGAUGAUGCUGAUCUCAUAACUGCCAAAAAAACUGGUCUGUAGAAAAACCGGUCUGCAGAAAAUACGUGCAGAAUCUGUAGGUAGUUUCGUCAGAAAAAAAAGGUUUGCGGAAUUUGAUUUUUGAUGUUAUUUGACCUAGCCGACUCUCUUAGUCUAUCACCGGAGUCGCCUAAUGAAGCUACGAGAGUCGAAAAAACUGCGGUUUGGGGGGGGGGGGGUUUGGUCGCAAAAAUCUGCAGAGUUUUGGGUAG